UUCCCACUCUCCGUGAACGCAACACGACUCGUCGCUUGAUGAGCUGAUCUUUGUGCGAAGCCAAACGGAGCGCUCGCACUCGGCGGACGGCACGACAACUGGCGUCGGACGUCGACACCCGGGUGGUCAUUUCUACACGCGGCGACUUCACAGCGACUGUCACGGCCUUAAAAAAUGGUCAUCUGGUGAGGAGUGCUCUUGCUCACAGGUGGAGGUGUGGCCACCUGGUCGCACCUAGUGGGACUGCAUCCCCUCAACAAUCAUCUGAAGCAUCGCCGGCGCCGCCACCCUGACCAGAUGGACCGUGCACUCUGAGAGCAGCGCCAGUCCGGACUUGAAUCAAAAGAGGAGAGGAGUGGAGGCCUGGUGAGGAGAAAGCAGGGCAGGAGCCUACGCCAUGUCGUCCAACAGGACCCAGAACCCCCACGGACUGAAACAGAUAGGCCUGGACCAAAUAUGGGACGACCUGCGGGCCGGCAUCCAGCAGGUGUACACGCGGCAGAGCAUGGCCAAGUCGCGCUACAUGGAACUCUACACACAUGUAUAUAACUAUUGCACCAGUGUCCACCAGUCCAGCCAGGGCAGGGGCUCUGUGCCCCCCAGCAAGCCCUCCAAAAAGUCCACCACCCCAGGUGGAGCCCAAUUUGUAGGCCUGGAGCUCUACAAGAGGCUCAAGGAGUUCCUGAAGAACUAUCUGACCAGCCUGCUCAAGGAUGGAGAAGACCUCAUGGAUGAAUGUGUGCUCAAGUUCUACACCCAACAGUGGGAGGAUUACCGUUUCUCCAGUAAGGUCCUCAAUGGGAUCUGUGCCUACCUCAACCGUCACUGGGUCAGACGAGAGUGUGACGAGGGCCGCAAGGGCAUCUACGAAAUCUACUCGCUGGCCCUGGUCACCUGGAGGGAGUGUUUGUUCCGGCCGCUCAACAAACAGGUCACGAACGCCGUGCUCAAGCUGAUAGAGCGAGAGAGGAACGGCGAGACCAUCAACACCAGACUCAUCAGUGGCGUGGUGCAGUCAUAUGUGGAGCUGGGCCUGAACGAGGAGGACGCCUUCGCCAAAGGCCCCACGCUGUCCGUCUACAAGGAGUACUUUGAGUGCCAGUUCCUGACGGACACGGAACGGUUCUACACGCGCGAGAGCACCGAGUUCCUACAGCAGAACCCAGUCACCGAGUACAUGAAGAAGGCGGAGGCUCGCCUGCUGGAGGAGCAGCGGCGCGUGCAGGUGUAUCUCCACGAGUCCACGCAGGAUGAGCUGGCCAGGAAGUGCGAGCAGGUCCUUAUCGAGAAGCACCUGGAGAUCUUCCACACCGAGUUCCAGAACCUUUUGGACGCCGACAAGAACGAAGACCUGGGCCGCAUGUACAACCUGGUCUCACGCAUCACUGACGGCCUCGGAGAACUCAAAAAGCUUCUAGAAACACACAUCCACAACCAGGGCCUGGCCGCCAUCGAGAAAUGUGGCGAGGCGGCGCUCAACGACCCCAAAGUGUACGUGCAGACCACGCUGGACGUCCACAAGAAAUACAACGCCUUGGUCAUGUCCGCCUUCAACAACGACGCUGGCUUUGUGGCGGCUCUCGACAAGGCGUGCGGUCGGUUUAUCAACAACAACGCCGUCACCAGGAUGGCGCAGUCGUCCAGCAAGUCGCCCGAGCUGCUCGCAAGAUACUGCGACUCGCUACUCAAAAAGAGCUCCAAAAAUCCAGAGGAGGCGGAGCUAGAGGACACACUCAACCAAGUGAUGGUCGUGUUCAAGUACAUCGAGGACAAGGACGUCUUCCAGAAGUUCUAUGCCAAGAUGCUGGCCAAGCGUUUGGUCCACCAGAACAGCGCCAGUGACGAUGCCGAGGCCAGCAUGAUAUCCAAACUUAAGCAAGCGUGCGGCUUCGAGUACACGUCCAAACUUCAAAGAAUGUUCCAGGACAUCGGAGUGAGCAAAGAUCUCAACGAGCAGUUCAAGAAGCACCUGACCAACUCUGAACCUCUGGACUUGGACUUCAGUAUUCAGGUUCUGAGUUCGGGUUCGUGGCCUUUUCAGCAGUCCUGCACCUUUGCUCUGCCUUCUGAGCUGGAAAGAAGCUACCAGCGCUUCACGGCGUUCUACGCCAGUAGACACAGCGGCAGGAAGUUGACGUGGCUCUACCACUUGUCCAAAGGCGAGCUGGUCACCAACUGCUUCAAGAACAGGUACACGCUGCAGGCAUCCACCUUCCAGAUGGCCAUCUUGCUUCAGUACAACACGGAGGACAGCUACACCGUCCAGCAGCUCACCGACAGCACGCAGAUCAAAACCGACAUCCUGGUCCAAGUGCUGCAGAUCUUGCUGAAGUCCAAACUGCUGGUACUGGAGGACGAGAACGCCAACGUGGACGAGGUGGACUUCAAACCGGACACCGUUAUCAAACUGUUCCUCGGAUACAAGAACAAAAAGCUGCGCGUCAACAUCAACGUGCCCAUGAAGACGGAGCAGAAACAAGAGCAGGAGACGACUCACAAGAACAUCGAGGAGGACCGCAAGCUCCUCAUUCAGGCUGCCAUCGUGCGGAUCAUGAAGAUGAGGAAGGUCCUGAAGCACCAGCAGCUCCUCGCCGAGGUCCUCAACCAGCUGUCGUCUCGAUUCAAACCCAGAGUCCCCGUCAUCAAGAAAUGCAUUGACAUCCUGAUAGAGAAGGAGUACCUGGAGAGAGUGGAUGGCGAGAAGGACACGUACAGCUACCUGGCCUGAACCCCUUUUUAUUUUAUGUGUAUCUUCAUUUCCCCUCGUCUUAGUAAUAAUAAAAGUGUGGAUCCCGACGUGGACGCGGACAUUUAACGUGAGCUGCUGAGCAUGUGAAAACCUACUUGAGGUUGAACUUUGACCUCUCCUGUCAGCGACAAACUUACAAACCCCCCCUCAUGCCUUUUGAGAAAAGCCGCGAAGCCCCGCCCACCAACGCACGUUUUCUCGUCCUGUUGUAAAUAACGCACAGAUUCUAAGAGGACACACACCCCUCUGCCCUCUCGCCAUAGGGAAAAGCGUCACGAGUUUAGCCUUCAGCCAAUCAGAGAGCCAUAUCCAAAGUUUUUUUGCAUGUUCCCGCCCUCCCUGCGCCGCCGUCUCGCACAGCGGGUCGAACGUGAGUGUACAGAUGAGAUGUUGCAGGAGGACAUUUGUAUAGUGUGCUUCAUUUUCUAAAUGUGUGAUAAAUAAACAAGGAAAGAUUUCUUUAA